AUGGCUUUACUUGAUAUCCAACUGCGCCCAUCUCAGCCAGUCCAGUUAAAGAGUCCUCGCACCAAUGACUCUCCACCAACUGUACUGCUACCAAAGUUCGAAGAGACGCUAAAAGCAGCAAAGGGGGGUAGCCCGGAUUCUAGUGCCCAACAGCAGCAGCAGCAGCAGCAGCAGCAGCACCCGGAACUCAAGAUGCUCAAUGUUGGUAAAUCCACAGUAUUGACAACGUCAGCUUUAGCUACUCCUCCGACUGUCAAGCCUACUGGGGAGUACGAAUCUAAAGCCAAUUUCCAAUCUCCUAGCUACCGGAAUGGAGAAGUCAUCUCCCAUCCUUUCCCUACUCCACCAUCCAAGUUAAACACCCAAGAGUCUCCAUCUUUGCCAACACUCCCACCUAAUGCACCUGGGCAGGAAAAGCCACAAUCAGAGGAUAACAGACCCAAUGCAAAACCAGCUUCACACGGAAACAGUGAAAAUUCGGCAACUAAUUCCAAAGCAAACCUUUCUGGUCCCGUUUGUCGCAAUUGUCAGACUCAAACUACACCAUUGUGGAGAAGAGACGAGACCGGACAAGUGUUGUGUAAUGCUUGUGGAUUGUUUCUUAAGUUACAUGGACGUGCAAGACCCAUAAGUUUGAAAACUGAUACAAUCAAAUCAAGAAAUAGAGUAAAGCAAGGUGCAGCCAACUCGUCUUCAAAAGGAGCAUCAUCAUCCACAAACACACCCGAAUUGAAGUCAAAAGAUUCAAAGUCAGGUAAAAAAUCACCAAAGCUGAAAAAGUUUAGGACCAAUGGUGGUAAUAUUUAUCAUGGAAACGGUACUGAUUACACGCCACUUUUACCAGCAGGUUCCACCAGUACCAAUACCCCAGCAAUGUUUAAACAAGAAGCUAGUGGCAACAAUGCAGGAGGAUCGCAUUCGUACAAUAACUUGUCGUCAAUGCAAGGCAACGGAUACUAUCAACAACAUCUGUUGCAUCAUACGCCACAUUUUCCUCCCAAUGUACCAAAUCACGUGUUGCGAGCACAUCAACAAGUGCCGUUACACUACCCAUCAUCUACUCCAACUCAAUUUGCUCCUGGAUUGAGAAGAAUUACUUCUCCCUUGAUGUUAUCUAGUACGUCUUCAUCAGCAGUCAGAAAUGAACCAAGGGAUGCAACAACGACAACAGCUGAAGCUGUGCCUGGAGGCACUGGUUCCUCUGCCUCCACUUCAGCUGCAGAAUCUAGCUCAAUGCACGCAGCAGCUGGAGUGUUGGAGAAUUUGUCCAAUGAAUUGGGUCCCAGUGCUACUUUCAAGUCAGAUCUCAGUGCGGCAUCAAGACAGAGGGGUAUUUCGUUGAUGAAUAACAAAGACCAAGGUCCAAACAACAGCACCAUGUCAACAGCAACGGGCUCAACAUCCUCUAUUUUCUCGAGUGUGACGCCACCUCAAUUACCACGUUUGCCUGCGUUGAAUGCAAAAUCCCCCGCUUUUUCAGCUGUUCAUUCGAGAUCUUCCACUCCAACAUUGCCACCAUUGAAGCAAGUUGCAUCUGGUGAAAUCACCUUGCCUUCUUUGGCCAGCUUCACACAACAACAGCAGCCACAGCAGCCACAUCAGCAACAUCAGCAGCUGGUGCAAUUAAGCCAGAGUCACCAGACUGUUUCAACUGCACCACAUUUCCAACACGCCACCGGAGACCUGUCGUGGAACAAUUCUGCACAACCUUCCAACGCACCUAGUCGUAAUGAAACUCCAAAAGGAAAUGACGAUAUUUCCCAUAAGGAGAAUAGCGAGAGUAACAGCAACAACAGCAGCAACAGCAACAACAGCAGCAACAGCAACAACAGCAACAACGACUCCAACUCCAACCCAAGUCACGAAAUCACCAUUUUGAAAACGCGCAUUUCCGAGCUAGAGCUCGUUAAUGAUUUGUACCGUACUAGGAUCAUGGAAUUGGAAGCAAUGGAGCACGCCGCAAGGCUAAGAGAAACAUCCAUGAGGAAACGGUUGGAAGAAGCAGUUGAUUUGCAAGCUAGUCAAUUGGAUGAAUACAACCGUAACAAGGCGUCGAAUGCUGCCAAAUUUGGUGGCGGCGCGGGACAAAAAGUCCUCUAUCACCGUCCAAGCGAUCCUGAGAUUGCGGCAGCGGUUUCCAACUCGAAAGUCAUUGGUUACCAACUGUACUUGCCUCGUGGUGGUCAGCAAAUGGCUCAAGUCCAACGUCUGGGAAUUGAAUUGGGUGAGCGCUUGGGACAACAACAACAACAACAACAGCAGCAGCAGCAGCAGAAACAUCAAGUCGAUGCAAGUGCCUCAAGGCUGAACAGUCGGUCAAGUACGCCAGGUCCAGCGGAUGGAUCUACUGAAGUGGGAGGGUUCAAACAGCCUUCUUCUUUAAAGAGAGAUAGCAACGAUUCGUCUUUACAUGGCGGUAAAAAGAGAUCGAAAUUGAAAUAG